AUCGCCCAUAUAUAAACAUAUAUAAACUUUUAUUUGUAUAUACCAUACUUUACAUAAGUUACGACAAUACCUCAAGAUGUUUGGCUCUAUUUGUGGUUUAUUAUCUUUCAUGACCAUAAUAUGGACAACAGACGCCCAAUCCUAUAAUCGCGGUGGAAUAUCCCCACCAGGUGGAUUUGGAACGUUUGGUAGAGGUUAUCCACCAGUGGGAGUUGGUUCGACAGGAUUCGGUACAAGAAAUACACCAGGGUUUGGUCUUAGUCCUUCGUUAGGUGGAGGUCCAUUAAAUAGACCUGGAGCUGCUGGUUUAGGAGGACCGGGAUUAGGAGGACCGGGAUUAGGAGGACCGGGCUUAGGCGGACCGGGCUUAGGCGGACCGGGAUUAGGAGGUCCUGGACUAGGAGGACCUGGACUAGGACCACAGGGUUUAGGAGGGCCGGGAUUGGGAGGACCGGGUUUGGGAGGACCGGGAUUGGGAGCACCAGGAUUGGGAUUGGGAGCACCAGGUUUAGGAAUAGGAGCACCAGGAUUAGGCGCAGCGGGAUUAGGAACUUCCGGUUUAGGAGCAACAGGUUUCGAUACCGUAAGAAGCAGUUAUGGUUCCCCUGGCUAUGGACUCGGUGGUUUGGGUUCCAAUGGUUAUGGUAAUAGCUAUAACUCUCGUUUUGGUUUCGGAGGCUAUGGUACGCCUGGUUUGAGCGGAUCCGGAUAUGGAUCUCUUGGAUACGGAACAGGUAGCCUUGGUUCUGGCUAUGGUGCAAGUGGCUUUGGUACAGGCUAUGGACCAGGUAGCUUAGGUUCUGGUAUUGGAGCAAAUGGUUUGGGAACAGGCUAUGGAACAAGUGGCUUGGGAACAGGCUAUGGAACAAGUGGCUUGGGAACAGGCGGCUAUGGAACAAAUGGCUUAGGAACAGGCUAUGGAACACGUGGCGUUGGAACUGGUUAUGGUAAUGGAAUUGGUCCGAACACGUACGGAACAAAUGGAUUAGGUACACCAACAGUUGAUACAAAUGUCUUCGCUCUUGGUAAAAAGUAAACACCAUUAACACAGUUUAAUGUAUUCAAAGGUAUUAAGAAGCGGGUAUAUUUGGAUUUCGAUGCUGUAUCUCUCUCACUUGUACAUUCACAUUCCUCUGUACAUUACCAUGAUUUUUCCUCUUGUAUUUAGUUUCCAUUGAAAUAAAAUGUUUUAAAAAUGA